UUGACUAAGGAACAAUUCCAAAAUAAAUGAACUUUUUAACACUAAAAAUAACUGAAAAAAAUCAUUCAUAUAAGUGGGUUACAAACCUUUGUGUUGUGUUAAUAAAGGUAACAGCCCAGAGUAACAGGAGCAGAUAGGAGGAGUUUGCGUUGCAUCAUUAACCGCGUGACGUUGUCAAUAACUCACACGAGGAAAGUUAAAUAUUGAGAAGUGGGUAAGGUGAGCUGAAACUUGGAAACUAUGAAAUCAAUCACUGCUUCAUUCCGACAGUAGCUACACAUCCACUGGCAAGCCAGGUGAGAGGCGCCUUCCAGCAAACAGCCAGAUUCACUAGCACAGCUGAAUGGCUUACAAUUUCAAAACUCUUGCCUGCAGUUUCCACUAAGGCUUUUCUUUGCUUGCGUAAUUGGAAAAUAGCAAGUUUGCCUAUGAUGAGCAGCGUCGGUUCAUGAGAACGGCUUAUAAAUGUCCACUAAAGCGGAUAGAGACUCGCAGCAGGUAGAUGUGACCCACCUAGAUUCCCUCAAAGCUGAAUGGACUGAGGACAUUGACGUGGAGAGCGUUGACGGACGGGAGGGGAUGAGGACGGAUGAAGCUCCAGCGCCGCGCAGGCUCAGCCGCAGCCCGAAGUGCGCUCGCUGCAGGAAUCACGGCGUCGUGUCGCGCCUCAAGGGCCACAAGCGUUUAUGUCGCUGGCGUGACUGUCAGUGCGCGAACUGUCUGCUGGUCGUAGAGAGACAGAGAGUGAUGGCAGCACAAGUCGCCCUCCGGAGACAGCAGGCCACAGAGGGCAAAAAAGGUAAAAAAACCACCUCUGUUCUCAGACGCACAGCUUACCAGCGCUACACGAGGGCACCUAGUCUCCUGGCAAAGAGUAUUCUAGAGGGCUACAAGCCCCCUAUGUUGGAGGACUGGCCAAAGAGACUCCACCAACCCCCAGUUAGUGUUCGGAUGAGGAAGAGGAGAGCGUUUGCUGAUAAAGAGCUGGAGACUGUGAUGCUGGAAAGAGAGCUGAGGCAAAGAGAGAUGGAAGAGUUGCCUGCGCUCCUCCUCCAGGCUGUGGUGCCCUCCGCUCCCUCUCCGUAUUUUUUCCCGCUGUCAGACCCAAUCAUGCCCACGUACAUGGCUGUGUCCAAAAGCGGCCCACCUUUGACUGACUGUGAUCUCCUUCACCGUCAACACGUGCUUAAAUCCAAGACUCUAGACUGCAGCACAGACACACUGACAGACAGCAUCUCUCUAAGAGCGUGUGAGAACUGGGACAUUUUCAGUUCGAUUCAGCCUUACAGCACAAGCCCAGGUGUCAACUUGGUUAAAAACACACCGGACAGCGGGUUUUCUGAUAUGUCUGUCAAACCAAAAAGUGUAGUUGUUGACAUCAUGUCAAAGCAAGACAUUCCUCCCUCAGUGAAUAUGGCAGACAUGAUGGUACAAGCUAAAUCACCACACAAGUGCUGCAGGUCAUUGGGACACAUGGACUGUGUGGAGGGUGCAAAUAAAGACCCCAUCAAAAAAGCUGUAACACGACCAUUACCCUUCUCUGUAGAGGCACUGCUCAUGAGAUGAUAAGAAUCAUUUUUUCCAAAGCUAACACUUUACAAUAAGGUAUAUUUUGUUAACAUUAGGCAUCAUGAAUAGCAUUUUUACAGCAUUUUUUAAUCUUGUUUAUUACAAUUUCUCCAGUACAUUAAUACAUUUUUAACAUUUCAAGUUAUAUAUUAAAUUAACAUUACCUACUGAAAUUAUGAACGAACAUUAUGAAUUUAAUAAAUGAACAAUUGUAUAUUUAUAAAGUAACAUUAAUCUAGAUUAUUGAAAUGCUGUUAAAAAGCUGUUUAUACUUAAUUCAUGAUACUUAAUACAUUAACUAUAAAUUAACAUUCAUUCUUGCACAGAAGUGCCUGUUUUUUGUCAUUAUGUUUUUGACUCAGUUAUAUGGUGUUGAUAGGUUUUUUUUUUUUUUUUUUUUUGCAUUUAGUGUCACUUAUUAUACAAAACUGAAAUUCAAGUUACUGGGAUGAAUCAAAAUUCUUGUACUACUAAACUUAUCUGUUUGUGCCAGAUCAAUAUUAUAUACCCUGAUACUAAUAAUAAAUUAUAUCAUCUGAUAGUAUUUUAACCCCUUAACUGUCAGUCCCAUUUUUGGGGAACAGAUCCCAAUUUAAAUUGUUUUAAAUCUUGAAUACUCUUGAAUACUCAAGUUUAGUCUCCUUAUAAAGCGGACAUUUUGCAGAUUAUUUUAGAAGUGAAAAAUAUGAAAGUGAAAUUUAAAAAAAUAGUUGACGUUUUCGUUUUGGAAAAUAUAAUUUCUUAUAAUUUAUAUAAAAUAUAUAUUUUACAAAACUGGUUUACUCUAAAACUGCAAGAAAAUCAAAGCCAAAAUCUAAAAUCUAAUCAAGUUGUGUUUCAAAUUUUAGGUUGAUAUCUUAAAAAUUGAGCUUUCAGUAAGAUUUUGUUUGGCCGCAGUACCAAACUUUUCCACUAUAUACCAUCCAGGCUCCAUUGGUAACCACAUAAGGAUUCUUCCAUUUCUCCAUAUAGCCUAUGGUUUGAGUCACUUGAACCAUAUAUUUCCAUAAUGUUUAUCAACUUUAUGAAACUGACAUUCAUUUCAGAACUAGUAUGGAUGGCAGUAUUUGGUUUGAAUUCAACCUCUAACAAACACAUAAAAGACAUGCCAAAAAGAAUGUUUUUUUUUUAAUUUUCAUUGCUAUUUCAAAAUAAAUGUCUGAACAUGCUAUAUGAGUCUGAAAAUAUUGUUGUUGCGAAUUAAUAAAUUACUGUUCCUCUGUCAUUUGUCUUAAAAAAUCAGAGAACUGCAAAUAUGAAAACUACAAUUUUUAAAUGAUAUAUUAUGAAAAUAUUAUUUUAGGUUUAGACUAAGAUAUUACUGUUUUAAGUAUAUAAUUGCAAAUGUUUCACUAGCGGGACGGUGACAGUUAAGAGGCUAUACAUUUUUAUUAUUUUAUUGCCCCCUUAAAUAGCCUAUGUAAUUAUUUUGGAAAGUAGGUAACUAGUGGUUUAACUACUUUAAAUGGAGUAGCUUGUAGCUUGAAGCUUCCCCAACACUGCACUGAAAAGCUGAAUAAUACUGAAAAAUACUUUGGAGCAUAUUUGAUUUAUUUAUAGCCAAAAAAGUUUUAUAUUCCUGUUUAGUUCAAUAAUGUGAAAUUGUUAAAUUACAAAGUAUACUGUAGAAUAUAUACAUGCAUAUUACUAACCUUUAUACAUUAUACUCUCUCUUUUUUUGGUAAAUUUUGUGCCGUUAGAAAAACAUUGUGAUUUUCUUUCUUGUGAAUGUAAAUAGUCAUGACAAACCUUAUUUCUUUUUAAAUUAUUCAUAUUUUUAAAUUCCAAACAUGAAAGUCUGAUGUAAACUCAAGAGGUGGCUGAGGAUCAAAUGAAAGAGUGGUAAAAAAGAAAAAGAAAAAAAGAUUAGUUUCUCUCUCUCUUUUCCUUUAAUGUGAAUUAAUGAUGUAGUUCAUAUGGUGGUUGGAUUGAAGUGAUGCCUGGUACAUCUGUGUAUUUAAGCAAUACAGGCUCCCACAAAGGUGCUUUGAACUGUUUCUGCGGUGUUCAUAAAAUAUUUUAAAGAAAACUAACGAUGAAAAGGACUCUCAGACAGAACCAAGUCAAAGAGUAAAACUAAACGUGUGAAGAGAAAGACACAUGUGCCUGAGGGUUCAGAGGCAAGGAACAAUUCUAAUAUGAGCUCAGGAGAACAAAUUAUUCAGUAUUUUUUCUUCCUUUACUUUCUACAUCUUAAUCAGGAUGUUCAUACAAGUCUUCUUUUUCUCAGUUCUGUUUAGGCAAGUAAAUGCGUUGGCUUAGCAACAUUAUGCAAUAUUUUUGGGAGUGUAUCACUAUCCCCUAGACUGUGUUAGUUUAACCUACAAACAAUGUAUAUCCUCUCUUUUCUUUCCUUUCUUUGUUUUCCAUUUCAGUUUUUGAGAUAUGGAGGCCUGAUAUUUUUGACAACUCUGGACCGUGUGGCGUCAACGUGUGAUGGCAUCAUGCCCUCCUCUGUGUCUGUCUCUAUAUCUCAGCACAUCUUCCAGUGAAGAUAGGGGCUUUACAUUAGGAGCCUUCCUGAGGAACUGUAGGCUGAGGGGGAAAACUCAGCGCUUUUGCGAUCCACUUUAAAAAAAAAAAUAAAAAUAAAAAAAACCUGGUGUGUGCAGAAAAGCAUUAACAUUUUCAAAUGAUAAUCAUGAUCUAUAUCACAAGCUUCAGUCACUAGAAGUCAUAAUACUUUUUGUGAGGAGCAAUGGAGAGUAGCCUACCUCAAAACAAUGCUAUAUUAAUCUUUUUUGUCACAAAAUAUAAUUACUUGAAUACUUGAAUGGAUUCUGUAAUAUUUUUUGUUUUUUGUCUCUUAUGCUUACCA